GAACACGCAGAUUUUUCAGGACAACAAGGUGUUGUCCUGUAAUUCAGAUUUGCUGCAGAGUGGUGAAGCUGUAGGAAGCGAAUGAUUUCAUGGUGUGGAGAGCUUGCGGAGGAAGAUGGUCGCGAGGUUUUCUUAAAGGAUUUGACGACGCUAUCAGAGUGUGGGACGUCUGCAAGCAUAACGUCAGGAUGGCUGGAGGCAAAGCGGAGCGUAAGGGUCGCCAGGCCCCUCAACAGCAGCGCUUUCAGGGGAUUCAAUUUGACAAAAGUAAAGGACAGCACAUUCUGAAGAAUCCGCUAAUAGUUCAGUCUAUUGUCCAAAAGGCUGGAAUCAAGAGCACGGACAUUGUUCUCGAAAUUGGGCCUGGAACAGGCUGGAAAAUGAUACAGGAAAUUUGACUAUGAAGCUUCUUGAGGUCGCAAAGAAGGUCAUUGCUGUAGAGCUUGAUCCUCGGAUGGUGUUGGAAGUGACCCGACGAGUUCAAGGAACGCCAUAUCAAACUCACUUGCAGGUGAUACACGGAGAUGUUUUGAAAACGGAGCUUCCCUACUUCGACGUUUGUGUGGCCAACAUCCCAUACCAAAUUUCCUCUCCCCUCACUUUCAAACUCUUGUCACACAGGCCCGUGUUCCGGUGUGCUGUUAUCAUGUAUCAGCGUGAGUUUGCCAUGCGGCUCGUGGCUAAGACAGGAGAUCCUCUCUUCUGCCGUCUGUCUGUGAACACUCAGCUUCUAGCCCGUGUGGAUCAUCUCUUGAAGGUUGGGAAAAACAACUUUCGGCCUCCGCCUAAAGUCGACUCAUCUGUUGUAAGAAUUGAGCCUCGAAAUCCUCUACCGGCGAUAGACUUCAAGGAAUGGGACGGUCUCAUUCGGCUUUGCUUUAAUCGGAAGAACAAAACACUCGGGUCGAUCUUUCGUCAGAAAGCUGUAUGCGCUUUGAUGGAAAAGAAUUUCAAGACUCAUCAAGCUCUUCAAGGUUCGCUGGACAAUCAAGCAGACGCCGAUUUGGUCAUGCAGCUUGGGGAUGUAACCAAUGAUACUAGCAUGGAUCUGGAUUCAGGUGACUUCGACACUAUGGACGAGGACAUGGAUGGAUCCACAAUACCAUCUACUUUCAAGGAUAAGGGCUUGGCUGUUCUCAAAGAACACGAUUAUGAGGAUAAGAGAUCAUCGAAAUUAACUCAGGAGGACUUUUUGAAGCUCUUGGCUGUAUUCAAUAAAGCAGGUUUUCAUUUUUCGUAG